AUGUCCGCCGGGUUUGAAUUUCCAACUUAUGGCAGAGGUGUCGACCCAUCACCAGACUUAGACUUUGGCUUCAUGUUUCGGCACCCUGACGAAAAAAUUGGCUGUGUGGCACCUCAAAAAAUUAUUUAUGAGCAAAAAUUAGAGGACUUUUUAAAAACCAAGCUGCAAGCCCAAAUAGAGAAAAAACGGGAUCUAUUGAAAAGUGGGGAAAAUGAAAUACCUGAUAUAAUAAAGUUCUUAAAAGAAGAGUUUUUAAGGCUGACUCGAAAAACAGCCACGAGGCUGGAAAAAGGCGUUUUUAUUGCUGAGCUCAAGAAAAAUCCUCUUUUGGCUGAAGUUUUUGGAUUUGACGAAAAUAGUAAAGAUAAAGAAAUUGAGGAGCAGGAUUAGGAUUAGGAUUAUUAAAGUCAGGCGCUAGCCAUAUUGGUGACGCAGUCACCAAAGACCUCCCAUACAGGAGGUUCAUCCGCUUUUCGACUCCAGCCCAGAGGUUCUAUCCCUCUUGCGAGUGUCCUUCCGGUACCUUCUGUCUCCUCCUUGCCUUGCGGCUUCAGUCUUUGAGUGGGCGGCUAUGAUUUCUGCGGCCCUGCUACGGGCGAUUGGAGUAGCUUGAUUCCAAAGAUCAGCUCCUUGGAGUCUAUCGGGUAUCAAAGUGCCUUCCUUCGACAGCUACAGGAAAAAGACUGUUCCUCUGUGGCCUGGGCCGAAACCCCCAGCUUCUCGGUAGAGGAAUGCCCAUGGGUCCUUGGAUCCAAAGGACGUUGUUGAGCACCUCCAUUUCCAACACAGGAAAGCAGCCAAAACUUACCCGGAUACACACUUCUUGAGCCUGCGUCUGAUCUCAGCUCGGAGUCCGUCCCAGUUCGCCGUAGCCAUAAGGUCUGGACUGCAGCGCCAAGAGGGCAGGUUGACACGUGUCGCCAUUUUAAUGUAUAUGGAAAUUGAGGAGCAAGUAGAAAAUAUUGGGACUGAAGAAGGAAUUAAUAUGGACAAGUUCCUGCUGUUUUACCAAGUUUCCAAGAACAACUUGCUGAAGCCGAUUCAUUCAAAAACAGAGACCCAGUCAAGUGUGACUAAUGAUUCCUUUAUGGAGCAGAAUAAACAGAGAACUGACGACAUGAGCAGGGCUAAAGGAACGAGAUUCGCAAUAACGGUCCCUGAGCCUUUUAAAUUUGACAGAAGAGAAAAAAGAAAAGGAAUGUCUAUAAGGGAAAGAAGGCUAAAAGAGAUGCUCGAGGAAAAAGAAAAAGAAAUCAAAGAAUCUAUAAAAAUCACCUAUAAAGCGACACCAGUGCCUCCUGAAGUAAAAAUUCCGCGUUAUGAACAGAUUAUGAAAGAACAAGAGGAGAGAAGGAUGCAGGUAAAGCAAAAUUCAAUUGCAAUUACAAAAGCAAAUGAACAGCCGUUUAGUUUUUAUUAUAGGGAUUUGACUAAAACAAAGCCAGAGCCAGCAGAAAUGCCGAAACACGUUUUUACAGCGAAUCCAGUGCCAUGGACUACAUCGGUCCCACUGUAUGAUAAAAUUGUAAGUGAAAGAGAACUGGCUAGAAAAGAAAGAAUCAGCAAAGCUGCCAUAGAGUCAUUAAACCUAGCCAUGAUGCCUCCCAGAAUGGAAUUAUACUAUAGACAGCUGCAAAAAGCUUCAAAAACUCCUAAACCAAAGCCGAAAACCAAAAAGUUCAAAGCCAAAGCAGUCCCAGACUUCCGCAGACUCCAAGCUGAUUUCCAAAGUACCUUAGACGCCUGCAAGCAGUCCUUCAACCCUACAAAGCCUGAACCUUUUGCGUUCAACGAAACCCAGUCUUCUUUCGACUACCUCAAGCUCCUCGACAAAGAAGCUGAUGCCAAUAAAAAAUGGGGCCAGCCUUCCAAGGCAAAAAGAUCUAAGUCCUUAUCAAUCCUAAACAAGCCCAAAAUAAUCCCUAGUACAACUGAAAAAACCAAGGCUAUGAUUGAAUACAAGCUUGCCCAGAAAAGAGAAGCCAAGAUGAAAGAAGCCCUCAAAAUGCAAGAAGAAGAAGAGCGACGGAUGAAGCACGAAAUGAUGAAAGGGGUCGUGCAAAAUUGUUCCCUAAUAAAAGACAACACUGCUGAGCUUAAAAGAAGAAGAGAAGAGUCCAUUAAAAACAGACGAGAAGAGCUGGAAGAAAAAGAAAGAGAAUACUAUGAACAAAAAGCUGAAAUAUACGAAAGAGUCAGCAAAAGACCUUUAUUAGUAGAGCAAGUCGCAAUGAAAAAACUAGCUAAGGAUUUAGAACAGCUAGGACCUGUAAGAGAACUGCUGAGCCAGGAGGAAAGCAACGAAUAUUCUCAAGACAUGCUGAACCAAAGCUAUUAA